GAUCGCGCGCGCGUGGGAGCCGUGGAAGUCUCCGGUGCUGGAGUGGUGGUGAGAACGACAGCAGCCUCGCCUCGCCGCCUCUCCCCGACCUUUGCUCGGCGCGCUUUCGAGCCGGUCCCUUCAGGGGUGGUCCUCGGAAGCUCCACUGCAGCAGAAAAAGCUGCUCCCGCGCUUGGGGGAAGAGUCCCGGGGCCGCCGCCGCGGUUGGCCAAAGCCGAACUGUAUGGGAGGAGCCUGGGCUUUUAAUGCACCAUAAGGUUCCGGCAAGCCGCCGCCGCCGUUACCGCAGAAGCCCGAGCGGUCUCCUGCAGUAGCAAGCAGCGGUGGCGGCGCGCUCCCUCUCCGCCCGCCCGCCCGUGCCUCGGUCUCGGCGUGCUUUUGCAGCAGAGCUUUGAAAGAAGCCGCCUCGCUUGCCGCAGCGGCGCCAGCUCUGCCCCUUGAGAGAGAGAGACACCCCCCCCCGGUUCCCCUUGGCAGCGCGUGGGGCCGGGGAUUUGGCGUGGCAAGCCCAUUACUUCCCCGCCUCCCCCUCAACCCCCCCGCCCGCUGAAAUUGCGCUAAGGGGGAAAAAAAAAAAAACCCCGAGCGCGCGAGAAGGAGGAUUGGCGCCGGAGCGCUGAUCUUUGCAGUCCACGCGGACACCAUUUUGUGACCGGCGGCGUUUGGUGACUUGGGCAUCCCUGGGAAUUGCUGCAUGCGGAGGAGAGCUCGCCAGCCACAAGGGGAACCUGUUGGGCGUCGCGAUCGAGAAGUAGCCCAGUUGCGGCACUUCGCCUUGGAACUGGGGAUUGCAGCAGCCUCCCUGGGCAUCGGGUCUUGCGCGGCAGCGGCAGCCUUGGGAGGAGGGAACUUGGAGCUUGUGCAGCAGCAACGGCGAAAACCGCAGCCCCAGCAGCAGCAGCAACAGCAGCGGGCGGCGAAAGGGAACUGGACCUUGCGCAUCCCCAUUCCUGGGUGGAGGCGAAGGAGGUUUGCACCUUUGCGCCAACGGCAGGAAGAGAAAGGGGCUUGGACCUUUGCGACAGCAGCGUCCCUGGCAGGAGGAGGAGGAGGAGGUGAAAGCUUGCUUGCUUGCGUUUUUUUUUUAUUUUUUUUUUAGUUUUAUUUUAUUUUUUCCUUGCAGGGCAGAGAAGCAUGUUAGUCUCAAUGCAGCUCCCCUUCCCUCCUCGCCGCUAAUCUCAGUCGUGGUGGGGCGAUGAUGGAUACUUGCCUGCCUGUUCUCACUUCCCACAAAAGUAAGCCCGCUGUCAAUGGAGGAGGACAUUGAUACCCGCAAGAUAAACAACAGUUUCCUGCGCGAUCACAGCUAUGCAACAGAAGCUGACAUUAUCUCUACAGUAGAAUUCAACCACACAGGAGAAUUACUAGCGACAGGGGACAAGGGGGGUCGUGUUGUAAUAUUUCAACGUGAGCAGGAGAGCAAAAAUCAGCCCCAUCGCAGGGGAGAAUAUAAUGUUUACAGCACAUUCCAGAGCCAUGAACCUGAGUUCGAUUACCUGAAGAGCUUGGAGAUAGAGGAGAAGAUCAAUAAAAUACGAUGGCUCCCACAGCAAAAUGCAGCCUAUUUCCUUCUCUCCACCAAUGAUAAAACUGUGAAACUAUGGAAAGUCAGUGAACGAGAUAAAAGACCAGAGGGCUAUAAUCUCAAAGAUGAAGAUGGACGCCUCCGAGACCCCUCCACAAUUACCACACUACGGGUACCUGUGCUAAGGCCUAUGGAUUUAAUGGUGGAGGCAACUCCCAGAAGAGUCUUUGCAAAUGCACAUACCUAUCACAUCAAUUCCAUUUCUGUAAACAGUGACUAUGAAACCUACAUGUCAGCAGAUGACUUGAGGAUAAAUUUAUGGAACUUUGAAAUAACCAAUCAAAGUUUUAAUAUUGUAGAUAUAAAACCAGCAAACAUGGAAGAAUUGACAGAAGUGAUUACAGCUGCAGAAUUCCAUCCACAUCACUGCAACACCUUCGUCUACAGCAGCAGCAAGGGGACAAUAAGAUUGUGUGACAUGAGAACGUCUGCUUUGUGUGACAGACACUCCAAAUUUUUUGAAGAGCCCGAAGAUCCAAGUAACAGAUCUUUUUUUUCUGAGAUCAUCUCUUCAAUUUCUGAUGUAAAAUUCAGCCAUACUGGGAGAUACAUCAUGACCAGGGAUUAUCUCACUGUCAAGGUGUGGGAUCUGAAUAUGGAGAACAGACCUAUUGAGACAUACCAGGUUCAUGAUUACCUCCGCAGCAAGCUGUGCUCCCUCUAUGAGAAUGAUUGCAUUUUUGAUAAAUUUGAAUGUGUAUGGAAUGGGUCAGACAGUGUCAUCAUGACUGGCUCCUACAACAAUUUCUUUAGAAUGUUUGAUCGCAAUACCAAGCGUGAUGUGACUCUUGAAGCCUCAAGAGAAAACAGCAAACCCCGUGCCAUCCUGAAGCCUCGCAAAGUUUGUGUUGGGGGCAAAAGGAGGAAAGAUGAAAUUAGCGUGGACAGUCUGGACUUUAGCAAAAAGAUCCUGCAUACAGCUUGGCAUCCUUCAGAAAAUAUAAUAGCAGUGGCAGCAACAAAUAACCUGUAUAUAUUUCAAGACAAGGUUAACUAGGAGGGAGAAAAGAUGCUCCUUGGGAAUCUAAUAUUCUGGAGACUAGCAAACAAAAGUUUUCUAAAGUUUUUUUUUUUGUCCUGUUUUCUUCUCCUUGUGUUUUUUUUUUUCCCAUCAUUCCUCUGCAGACACUAACUGUGCAGAGGUAAACUCUCAGAUUCCAACACUUAUUGCUUUCCCCCCAAUAUAAAGAAAUUGGGUAGCAAAGCAAAUUAGGAACAGUUGAAUUUUAAGUACUGAAAGCAACCAAGCUGCUACUACCACAGGGAGCUUGAAUUCUGUAUGCUUUCAUUUCCCCAGUAGUUGCUGGUAAUUUAGUUCCUUUACAAAGAUAAUUUGUAAUCUAGAACAAAGGUAAGAUUACUAAAUUAUAUUACGAAAAAAGAAAACAAAACUCAGCCAAGGCCAUGAAACAAAGAUGCAUUGUAUUAAGCUAUCUCUUUUUUUAAAAAAAAAUUACUUGGAGAUUUUUCUUUCGUUUUACAUUAUUUGAAAACAGGAUUUAGGAUUCCUGUCGAUUCCGUUCUUGUAAUUGAGUGUUUACCUUUUUAAAGUGGUGUGUGUUCCUUUUAUUAACUCAGGGCCUUUCCAGAUGAUCAUUUAUUGUUAUCACACAAUGAAUGUUUUCCUGUAACUCAGUUCUUGUGAGAGAUACAUCUUUUUUUUUUUGCCCCAGAUUGCACAUUGGAUUAAAAAUAACAUAACAACAUAAAGUUGCAGCCUGUAAAAAAACACCAUCUUCAGGUUUUCACACCUUCCACAAAGGACUCACUGCCUUGAAAGUGCAGUGACGUCUAGGUGCACAACUCUCAUUGUCACCUGUUGAGUAGUGUCUGUGACAUCAGAGGUGACCUAUGAUCCGUGUUCACUUUGGCCAUAGUGCUAACGUACUUACAUUUAGGAAUAGAUGAAGACCAUUAAAGCCAGACUAAUCCACCUAAGGCUUUCUGACUUCUUUCUCUUUGUCUUCUUCUUUUACAUGUAGUUCAGUUCCGCUGACUCUGGUUCCAGCAUUGAUGCAACCGUCCCUUUUUUAAAAAAAAAACAAAACCCAAGAUUUAUUUUUUAAGAUUUAGGAAAUAGGUAAACUUCCCCAGUGAUAUCCCGCCCUAUCCCAUCCCGCUCCGCAAAGAAGAGCUGUUUCCCUUCCACAAAUGCAAAUUCUCUUCUACUGCAUUUGGAAGGGAGACUGCGCUACUCUUGCUGGAUGCAGGCUAGUGCAACGUUGUUCUUAAAGGGCAAAAAGGCCCGUUUUCUUAUCUGGAAAGAGCCUCAGACAGGAAAAACAAAGGCAAGACAGAAGGAGCAGGUUUUGCAGCAGGAACAUUUUGACUCAUCGUUCAUGGAAGGCCAGGGAUGCUACCACAAGCUGCAACCUGCCGUCAUGAUUCCCCCCCCCCACAAAUGGUCUCUGAUGGAUUUGGCUGAGUCAAUCCUUUGGUGCCUUUUGAUGGUAUACAAAAUACCUUAAAACACAAUGCUUCCAAAACGUGGUAUUUGCAAACCAAAUUGAAUCUGAGCUUUCUUCUGCAAUUCCUGCAAAUUUUAUUUUGGGUUUUUCUGUUUGUUUUAUUUUUUUAGUUCUGAUUUGCUUUGGAUAAAAAAUCUCAGAACAGUUCUCUUUUAAUCUCUUGCAUGUCAUAAAUAUAUAUGUGUUGGUGGGGGGCAGAAUCCCUUUUUUUCUUCUAGUCGUGUAUUUUUUAAAGUAUUGUUUGUUUGUUUAUUUAUUUAUUUAUGCCAAGUGUCAUUUUUUUUCCCUUUCUUUUCGAGAGUUUAAAAAAAUAAGAACUCCUUAGUUAAAACUGUAUGGCUUUUAAAAGAACUCAAACAAAAAUAACCACCAAA